AUGGCGGUCGCAGUGAGAACUUUGCAGGAGCAGCUAGAAAAGGCCAAGGAAAGCCUAAAGAACGUGGAUGAGAAUAUUCGCAAGCUCACCGGGCGGGAUCCGAAUGACGUGAGGCCCAACCGAGCCAGAUUGCUAGCCCUUUCUGGUCCUGGUGGAGGUAGAGGACGUGGUAGUCUAUUGCUGAGGUGUGGAUUCUCAGAUAGUGGAGGAGGACCCCCAGCUAAACAGAGGGACCUUGAAGGGGUAGUCAGUAGGCUGGGCCGGGAGCGUCGGACGAGGAGAGAAACACACCAAGAAAGCGAGGCAGAGGACGGUGAUGUUAAAAAGCCAGCGUUGCAGUCUUCAGUCGUAGCUACCUCCAAAGAGCGUACAUGUAGAGAUCUUAUCCAGGAUCAAAAUAUGGAUGAAAAGGGAAAGCAAAGAAAUCGACGAAUAUUUGGCUUGUUGAUGGGCACCCUUCAGAAGUUUAAGCAAGAAUCCACUGUUGCCACUGAGAGGAAAAAGAGGCGCCAGGAAAUUGAACAAAAACUUGAAGUACAGGCAGAAGAAGAGAGAAAGGAGGUUGAAAAUGAGAGAAGAGAACUGUUUGAAGAGGGGCGUGCUAAACAGACAGAACUGCAGCUUUUGGAACAGAAGGUUGAGCUUGUGCAGCUGCAAGAAGAAUGGAAUGAGCAUAAUGCCAAGAUAAUUAAGUAUAUAAGAACUAAGACAAAGCCCCAUGUGUUCUACAUUCCUGGAAGGAUGUGUCCAGCUACCCAAAAACUAAUAGAAGAGUCACAGAGAAAAAUGAAUGCUUUAUUUGAAGGUAGAUGCAUUGAAUUUGCAGAACAAAUAAAUAAAAUGGAGACUAGGCCUAGAAGACAAUCUAUGAAGGAAAAAGAGCAUCAGGUGGUGCUUAAUGAAGAACAGAAGGCUGAACAAGAAGAGGGUAAGGUGGUUCAGCGAGAGGAAGAGUUGGAGGAGACAGGUGAUCAGCACAAUGAUGUAGAAACAGAGGAAGCAGGAGAGGAAGAGGAAAAGGAAGUAGGUAUAGUUCAUAGUGAAGCAGAGAAAGAACAGGAGGAGGAGGGGCAAAAACAAGAAAUGGAGGUUUAAAUGGAGGAAGAAACUGAGGUAAGGGAAAGUGAGAAGCAGCAGGAUAGUCAGCCUGAGGAGGUUAUGGAUGUGCUAGAGAUGUUUGAGAAGGUCAAAAACGUAAUUGCUGAGCAGGAGGUAGUGGCAACUAAUCAAGUUGAAAGUAUGGAACCUUCAGAACAUGAAACUAGCAAAGAAAUGGAGCCAGAGAUGGAAUUUGAAGUUGAGCCAGAUAAAGAAUGUAAAUCUUUUUCUCCUGGGAAAGAGAAGUCUAGGGCUCUGGAAAUAGAAAAGGAGCCUGAGGAAAAAGAAGAAAAAGAAUCUGAGCAGCCAGAGCCUAUGGCUCAACCUCACCUUCAGCCUCAGCCCCAGUCCCAAACCCAGUCCCAGCCCCAAUCUCAGUCUCAAUCUCAGUCCCAACCAGUACUCCAGCCCCAGUCUGUCUCUCAGCCUGAAACUUUGCCAUUAGCUGUUUUACAGCCACCACCUCAGGUUACUCAGGAACAAGGGCAUAUACUUCCUGAGAGGAAGGAGUUACCAGUAGAAUCUGUAAAACUCACUGAGUUGCCAGUCGAGCCAGUCUUGACAGCACAUUCAGAAAGCAAGAGCAAAACCAAAACUAGGAGCAGAAGCAGAGGUCGAGCUAGAAAUAAAACUAGCAAGAGUAGAAUUUGAAGCAGUAGUAGUAGUAGCUCAACUAGUAGCAGCAGUGGAAGCAGUUCCAGCAGUGGCAGUAGUAGUAGUCGAAGUAGUUCCAGUAGCAGCUCCAGUACAAGUGGCAGCAGCAGCAGAGAUAGCAGCAGCAGCACUACUAGUAGUAGUCAGAGUAGAAGUCGAAGUAGGGGCCGGGGACAUAAUAGAAAGCACAGAAGGAGUGUGGAUCAGAAGCGAAGGGAUACUUCAGGACUAGAAAGAAGUCACAAAUCUUCAAAAGGUGGUAGUAGUAGAGAUACAAAAGGAUCAAAGGAUAAGAAUUCACAGUCUGACAGAAAGAGGUCUAUGUCAGAGAGUAGUCGAUCAGGCAAAAGAUCUUCAAGAAGUGAAAGAGACCGAAAAUCAGACAGGAAAGACAAAAGGCGUUAAUGGAAGAAGCCAGGCUUUCUUAGCCCAUUGUUUGCA